GUUUCAACCAUGCCGCUGAGGUUCAAAUGCAGGGGAGUGAAUCGCACCUGCUUUCCCUCCAAAGCAAGUCGAACAUUCAGAGAGCAGGAGCGGUAUGUCAAGUAGUAACGGUGCCGAGGAUGAGCGUACGGCACUGCUCGCCCCUGUCUCGUCGGGUUCUAUGUUAAAUGACGCAGUGGACGAGGAACAGCAGGUGAACACGGGUGCUGCAUCUACCUCAACAAAGGGAGAAUCAGCUUCGAAUGUAGGAGGAAAUUGCGAGAAACCCUUCCCUUGGAGCGUUGUCGUCUCUCUCUACAUCUUGACCUGUAUAACGCCACUUGCAUUCGAAUUGAUAUUCCCGUUCGUCAAUCAAAUGAUUUUGGAUAAUGGGAUUACUACAGACCCGAAGCAAGUCGGGUUCUAUUCAGGCUUCAUUGAAUCGAUCUUCGCUCUUACAAGCUUUCUUUCCAUUAUGCCAUGCACGUACUUGGCCGAUCACUUAGGUAGGAAGCCUGUCAUUCUUGCUGGAACAUUUGGUUUGGCGGUUUCUCUAAGUCUGUUUGGAAUGGCUAAGACAUAUUGGCUCAUGAUCUUGACUCGGAUGAUCGGUGGUUCACUUGGAGGAACAAAUGCGGCAAUGAAGGUAAUGCUCACAGAGGUAGUCGACAAGUCCCAGCAAGCACUUGCAUUUUCAGGACAAACUAUUGCUUAUAGGCUGGGUCAAAUUUUCGGUCAGCCGAUGGGUGGACUGCUCGCCUACCCCGCAAGUAAUUUUGAGCUGUUUGAUACACCUUUUUGGCGUAAAUAUCCCUUCUCGUUUCCUUGCUUCGCCGCUUCUGCAAUUGCGGUCUUUGCAGUUGUAUACGGGUAUCUCGUCAUCGAAGAGACUCUUCCUUCGCUACGGAAGAAGAAAAAACCACCCACCUACGGUACUGUCUCUUCUCCCGCUAGCACAGAUCCUGUUACAGUCGGGCAUGCAAAAAGAGUACGACCAUCAAUGCAGUCCGUACUGACCCCUCCUGUCGUCGGAGCAUUAAUAAGCAGUGCCAUCCUCGCGUUCUCAUCCGAAAUGCUGUUUGCUAUGUAUCCCCUUUACGCAUUUACACCCAUCGAAGAUGGUGGACUUGGUCUCAGUGAGGCAGAAAUUGGAGCCCAGCUUGGUUUCCGUUCCAUCGUCAUUAUCAUUUGCGUUCUAAUCUAUGCACCGCUUGAGCGCAAAAUUGGUUCGAUGCGGUCGCACCAGUUUGCAAUGGCUUUCUGGUCUCUAGCUGUUCCUUUCUACCCCAUUCUGAAUGCAUUAGCGCGUAAAGGCUGGAAGGACACAUGGACGUUUCAGUUCCUUCUUCUCCUCUUCUUUAUGGCCUGGGGUAUCGCAUCCCUUACAUGGACCUCGGCGACUAUCGUUAUCAAUAAUUCGGUACCCUCCGUUGAGGCACUUUCCGUAGUGCAUAGCGUCGGCCAGAUGGCAUUCACUCUUCCUUUGGCAAUUGCACCAGCAUUCAUUACUUCAGUAUUCGCAUUUUCUAUCGAGCACGAGGAAAUAUUACACGGGAACCUCGUGUAUGUUAUCCAGCUAGUGAUUGGUCUUGGCGGUGCGCUCCAUUCCCUUACUUUGAAAGAGGCUACGCACGAUUGGCGAGAGGAUGUUAAAGAACAUAUUGAAGGGGAAAACUAACAAAAACUACUCACAGUGGACGAUAAAAUCAACCUCGA